AUGGGACGGCGGCUGAGGCUUCGCAGCGGGCACACGCUCUGCCUCAACCUGCGCUUCCCAGCACACGAAGCCUCACAUCACCAACAGCAGGCAGCACAGAACAGUUUGUUGCCUCUCCUGAGCUCUGCUGUUGAGCCACCCGAUCAGAAGCCGAUUCUGCCCUUACCAAUAACGCAGAAACCUCAGCCUGCACCAGAAACAUUAAAGGAUGCUAUUGUUGGGAUUAAAAAGGAAAAACCUAAAACCUCCUUUGUGUGCACUUACUGCAGCAAAGCUUUCAGGGACAGCUACCAUUUGAGGCGUCACGAGUCCUGCCACACAGGGAUAAAGUUAGUGUCACGGCCAAAGAAAACUCCCACCACAAUGGUGCCCCUUAUCUCGACCAUCGCUGGUGACAACAGCCGAAGUUCAUUGGUUUCAACUAUCGCAGGCAUCCUGUCCACAGUCACUACGUCUUCCUCAGCCACCAACCCCAGCAGUAGUGCCGGCGCAACGGCUAUGGCAGUGACUCAGACGGUGAAGAAGCCCAGCAAGCCCGUUAAGAAGAACCACGCUUGUGAGAUGUGCGGAAAGGCCUUCAGGGAUGUCUACCACCUCAACCGGCACAAGCUGUCCCACUCAGAUGAAAAACCCUUUGAAUGUCCAAUUUGCAAUCAGCGCUUCAAGAGAAAGGAUCGCAUGACCUACCACGUGAGGUCUCACGAAGGUGGCAUCACGAAACCAUACACCUGUGGUGUUUGUGGAAAAGGCUUCUCGAGGCCUGAUCAUUUAAGCUGUCACGUUAAACAUGUUCACUCAACAGAGAGACCCUUCAAAUGCCAAACGUGCACUGCUGCCUUUGCCACCAAAGACAGACUGCGGACACACAUGGUGCGCCAUGAAGGAAAGGUAUCGUGUAAUAUCUGUGGUAAACUUCUGAGUGCAGCAUAUAUCACCAGCCACUUAAAGACACACGGGCAGAGCCAAAGUAUCAACUGUAAUACCUGUAAACAAGGCAUCAAUAAAACAUGCAUGAGUGAAGAGACCAGCAAUCAGAAGCAGCAACAGCAGCAGCAACAACAGCAGCAACAACAACAGCAGCAGCAGCAGCAACAACAACAACAGCAACAACAACAACAACAGCAGCAGCAGCAGCAGCAGCAGCAACACGUAACAAGUUGGCCCGGAAAGCAGGUAGAGACCCUGAGAUUAUGGGAAGAGGCCGUCAAAGCACGGAAGAAAGAAUGUCAGUUCACCUUUGAGAAGGCUAUAGAGUACGUACCAUUCGAAGCUGCUAACUUGUGCCAAACCUCCACUGCUGCUACUACGCCUGUGACUCUUACUACUCCAUUCAAUAUAACGUCCUCUGUGGCUUCUGGGACUAUCACAAACCCAGUCACAGUGGCAGCUGCAAUGAGCAUGAGAAGUCCAGUAAAUGUAUCAAGUGCAGUUAAUAUAUCCAGUCCGAUGAACCUAGGGCAUCCUGUAACUAUAACAAGUCCAUUAUCCAUGACAUCUCCAUUAACGCUCACCACACCAGUCAAUUUACCUACCCCAGUAACCGCUCCAGUGAAUAUAGCGCAUCCAGUCACUAUAACAUCUCCCAUGAACCUCCCCACACCAAUGACGUUAGCUGGUCCGUUAAAUAUAGCAAUGAGACCAGUAGAGAGCAUGCCUUUCCUGCCCCAGGCCUUGCCCACGUCUCCUCCCUGGUAAAGAAUUUCUAAACAGUAUUAAAAAGGAUUAAAAUGGAAUCCUUACCAGCAGUUCUUUUUUGGGUUUUGUUUGGUUGGGGGUUUUUUUUGUUGGUUUUUUUUUGUUUUGUUUUGUUUUAGUUAAUAAUAAAUUCAGACUAAGACACUGGGGCAACAUGCACCAUCAGAGACCAUAGUAGCAUCUUCCCCUGUUGAUUUGGCUCAUAUGGUUCAAACUUGAGUUUCACUGGAGCACUUCAUUUAAAGUAAGUUUUACCUUUUAGCUGACUGAUGCUGAAUUAGAGCAGAUACUUACUUGCCAGAGUUU